UCAAAAUAUUGAAUUGGAUACCAUCCAAGACAGAUACUUCACGGCAACGUUAAUUUUAAUGUUGGCAGCUCAUGGUACGACUGAACUACCGUUUAAUUUUUUGGUUAUUUGUGGUACGACUACUUUUUUAUGCGCUGGACUUAUACUAAACUUCUACUUGUUCGCACAACUGAUGCAAACCUGGAAUAAAUUUAUUCAUGUUAAAACUGCAACGAAUAGUAUCAGUCAGCAAUUUUGUGAGUACAUGAAGUACAAGGGUUUACCGAUAGAGACGCGGUCAAAAAUUAUGGCGUUCUUUGAAUUUAGAUUCCAAAGAGACUUUUACCAUGAGAGAAGAAUGCAGUAUUUUAUAUCGGAAACACUCAGACACAGAAUAUUGAUGGAUUUACUCAGAAAUCAUGUGACUGGUACGAAUUUAUUCACUAUUCUACCCAAUGACGUGCUCCAUAAACUGCUACCUAGAAUAAAAACAGAGGUUUAUUUAGAAGACGAUGUUAUCUUCCGGAAAGGAAAAUUACAUGAAACUAUCCAUUUCAUACAUAAUGGAACUGUAGCUGUUUAUAACUUGGCUGGAUCAGAAAUUUGUCAUCUUGAAGAUGGAGAUUCAUUCGGUGAACUAUGCCUUUUAUUGGAAGAGAAGAAACUUGUUAGUAUUGUCGCUAUUGCUCCUAGCGAGAUUUUCCGAAUCAAAAAGCUCCACUUAUUAAAAGUACUUGAAGAAUUUCCCACAAUAAAACAAAAUGUUUUAUUGGACUGCCGCGAGAGAUUUCUCAGAGCAAGAACGAGUUAUUUCUGAAAUACUUUGUUUCGCUGUACUGUUCAAUGAUAUUUUUUUAAUUGGUUAUAUAUUUUGAUUGUUUGAAGUACUCCUCACAAAUUAUAUAUCUUCUAUAUACCGCAUAUUAAA